CUGAGCGAAAUUUAUUUUGUGGUUUUUUCAGCAAGUCGAAAAUCUUAGAAGAGAUUUUUAGAGUUCAGAUUCUUUGUUUCAUAAGAUAAGAAAAAAGGUUCAUUUUGUUAAUUAUAAUAUCAGGAAAGAUAGAUAUUUAUUCUCUUUCAGCCUAAAUGAAGCAUUUAGGUAUUUUAUAGAAGGUGAAUUGGCAAUUUAAAUAUUUACAAUGUCUGUUGUAUUCAUGAUCGAUGUUUUUUAUAGUAGGAUUUGAAAUGGCCUUUCUUUGAGUAUUUGUUUUUCAAGGAUACCUUACUUUCGACUUCGAUAAGUAGCGAAGCCAUUUUAGUCACUUGUUCGUGUAGUCUGUCGAGCGUCAAGUCACUGGAGAUGAGCUCUCCAGUUUUCCCAGUUUUCCCGUUUUUGUCCUGUUUGACAGUGACAUCAGUGAGCCCAGUUUUUCGGCAGUAAAUUGCUUAGUUCCGGCCAAAGAAAUUGAAUUUUGAUUCUGUGUUGUCUUCGACUCUUCGUUUGAGGAAGCUAAUAAAGACGUCAUAAUCCCAUUUCGAGUUUGGAACUUUAGCAAUUUGUAUCAUGGUCAGCGAGCCAUAGCAUUCAAUUUCUAGAGCUAUCACCAGUUCUAGCAAGAUGCCAGAAUCAGAAGCAACAGCACAGCUGAAGUUGAAGCGGCGGGGUGCCAAAGCUAAAUUGACAAGAUGUGGAAAUGCAGUAGAGCAGCUCAUUUCAAAGAAAGCAAGCAUGGAAGCUGUUGAGGAGAGAUUCCAUCAUCUCAAGAUCGUGUAUGAAGAGCUGCAAGAGAAGCACGAAAGUUAUUCGGAGUUGAUCCUCGAUGAUGAUCAGUUCGAGAAGGAAGAGAAGUGGAUGGAGGUCUGCGACACAUCUUUCAUAAACUGGCAAGUAAACGCUUCAAAGUAUCUUGACGAGUUAAAGGAGAGAGGAGAACCAGAGAAAGUGGAAGCAGCGCCUUCUACUGAGAGUCCUGCAGAUGCAGUCCAGUCUGGGUCUGGUCAGUCCUCUUCUCCUGAAGUAGCAUCCGCUCCAUACAGCCUGAGGAUUGAGAAGCCGCAUCAGCCCAAGUUUAGCGGAGAUGUCCGGGAGUUUUUCGUUUUCCGAGACGAUUUCAAACAUCUGGUAGAAAGCCGAUAUAGUAGUAGGGAUGGUAUCACCAUCCUACGUAGCUGCCUGCAGGGUAAGCCCCUCGACCUUAUCCGGGGUAUUGGAACUGAUUAUAAUGCUGCAUGGGAGCAGUUGGAGUUAAUUUAUGGAGAUCCCAGAUUCGUAGCUGAUGCUAUCAUAGAUGACAUCAGCAAGUUCCGAGCACUAAAGGAGAAUGAAGAUAGCCGCUUCUGCGAAUUAGUGCAUCUGGUGAGGAGAAGUUACAACAUCCUUGUAAGUGUGGGAAGGCAGCAUGACAUGGACAACAAUCACAUGUUGGCCUCUAUUGAGAGGAAGUUGAGCCAAGGAGACCGCAAGGUAUGGUUCAGAUGCCAGGAGAAGGAUGAAGAUCCAGCAUCACUACACAUGCUCCUGGAGUGGAUGGCCAACGAGAUGAAGGCCAGGAUGCGUGCCUCAGCCCCGCUACGUAGUGAAUCCCGCCAAGGAGCUGUUGGUUUCUGUGCGCAGAAAGACACGAGGCCAGAUAAGGAGCGGAAGUGGGUUCAAACACCUAGUGCCAAAGACAGGUGUUGGAUCUGCCACUCAUCAGAACACUGGAUAGAUCAGUGCAAGAGGUUUAUCUCCAAACCAGCAUCAGAAAGAUUGCAGAUUGCCAAGGAGAAUCGGGCUUGUUUUAGCUGCCUUAAGCAAGCAGAGAGGGGGCAUUUGAUGGCAACAUGCAAUAGACGCAGACAGUGUCCAGAGAUGAGACAAGGCCAAAGGUGUAAAUUCUAUCACCAUCCAUUGCUGCACCUGGAGUGGGUACCGAGGCAAGAUGAUAGUUUGGAGCAAACCCAACGAGGCCAAGUGGGAGUCGCUACAGUUGUAGCUAAGGAGUCUCUUCUACCCAUUGUUUUGGCAGAGGUCUUAGGAUGCAAUGGUGAUAUGAAGGAGGGAAACGUGUUGCUAGACUCGGGUGCCCAGAUAAGCCUUAUCCGGCAGGAGUUAGCAACAGAGCUGCAGUUAGAGGGCACACCUACAACCAUUACCAUUUGCAAGAUUGGAGAUGAGCAGGAGCUUCUGCACACUAACAUCUACAAAGUGCUAGUUAGAGAGAAAGGUGAAGGUGGCGAGCCUUUUACUGUGUCAGCCAUAGGAAUUCCGUGCAUUAGCAAACAUGUACAGGCUAUCAACUUGGACGAUCUAGCAAGGAAGUUUCGCAUAAAACGGAAGGAUCUACAUAGAAGUAGUGGACCUGUGGACAUUUUGAUAGGAGUUGACCACACAAGGUUUCAUUGCGGUGAAACCAGGGAAGUUGGCAACUUUAUUGCUAGCAAGUCGAGGAUAGGAUGGGUUAUCUUUGGAGCAACACGUGGUGACAGAGUGCAGAGCAGUGCAGUACUGCAUGUAAAGUUAGCAGCACCUGUAGAUUUGACGGACUUUUGGUCAGUUGAGACAGAGGGAGUGAGGCCUGAAGGAUGCCAGUGUAUAGAGAGCAAACUCACUAGACAAGAGGUGAUAGAGGAACAGGUGAUCAGGUCCUCAGCUCACAAGAUUGGAAAGCAGUGGCAGAUAGCCUACCCUUGGCAACGAGAUCCUGAGAUGUUGCCUGACAAUAAGUGGCAAGCAGAGAAGGUGCUUCAGUCCACCGAGAAGAGGCUUGCCCGGAAUCCUGAGCACGCUAAAGCUUAUGACCAACAGAUCCAGGAAAUGGAGGAUAUGGGGUUUGCCAGGAAGCUUUCACCCCAAGAGAUGGAGUGCCAUGAAGGGCCAGUACAUUAUAUCUCCCAUCAUGCUGUUGUGAGAGCUGAGAAAAAGAGUACUCCAAUCCGGAUAGUAUUCAACUCGUCAGCAUCAUUCCAAGGCCAUAGUUUAAACGAGUACUGGAUGAAAGGGCCUGACCUCUUGAACAGUCUACCUGGAGUGUUGUUAAGAUUCAGGGAGAAGUACAUCGCCAUAUGUGCAGAUAUCUCCAAGAUGUACCACAGGGUGCUCAUACCAGAGAGUGACCAACAUGUGCACAGGUUUCUUUGGAGAAACAUGGAUGUCAGUAGAAGGCCAGACGUAUACAUCAUGAAGGUAGUAACCUUUGGAGAUAAACCGGCAGCAGCAAUGGCACAGAUUGCUCUCAAGAUGACUGCUGAGCAGGGGGAGAGUAAAUACCCAGAAGCAGCCAAUGUACUCAAGAGGAAUGUGUACAUGGACGAUAUUUGUGACUCCGUGGAGACGCUUUCUGAAGCAGAGACGCUCACCGGCGAUAUAGAUGAGGUACUUUCGAAUGGUGGCUUUAAAGUGAAGGGAUGGUUAUCAAAUAAACCAUUGCAUGGAGACAGCAAGGAAGGAGAGAUGAAGCUGCUAGAAGCCCUUGCUGAAGAGAAAGUGUUGGGUGUCGUGUGGGACAAGAAAGACGAUGUGUUCUCAUACAGAGUAAAGUUCCGUGAAGGAGUGAUGCCUUCAGCCAAUGAAGGAGAGAGCCGUCUGAAACUCACCAAGAGGAAGAUUCUAAGCCAGGUAGCCCGCGUCUUUGAUCCCAUUGGAUUUGCAGCUCCGAUCAUCGCACGUGCUAAGAUGGGUCUACAGAGGCUAUGGCAGAUGGGUCUUGGAUGGGACGAUCCAUUACCAGAGAAAGAGCAAACUGAGUGGACUAAGUUGUUUGAGGAGAUGACUUUGCUCAACAAUGUCAAACUGAGGAGAUGUCUUACACCACAAGAUGCAAGAGGCAAGCCAGUUCUGUGCAUUUUCAGUGAUGCUUCAGAAAGUGCAUAUGUCAAAGGUAGCACCACUCAAGACUUUGACGAUGCCUCGUCUCGAACUUCAAGCAGCAGUAGUAGCCGCGAGACUUUACAAGGCAAUCAGCGAGGAGAUAAGGCUAGAGAUAGAGAAGGUGGUUUUCUUCGUUGA